ACCACGCUCUGAGGGGCUAUGCAUAUAACCCAGCUGAAUCGGGAGUGCCUUUUACAUCUAUUUUCUUUUCUGGACAAAAACAGUAGAAAAAGUUUAGCAAAAACGUGUCACCAGUUGCUAGAAGUCUUUCAGGAUCCUUUACUGUGGUCUUUGUUGAACUUUCAUUCUCCAGUGGAACUAAAGAAGGAUAAUUUUCUCCUGGGACCUGCUUUAAAAUACUUAUCCAUCUGCUGGUAUUCAGAGAGAGUCAAGGUGUGUAACAUUGAGGACUGGAUGAAAAACAAUUUCCAGAAAGACUUCUGUAACAGGCACGAAAACACUGUCAAUGAUUUUUUACUAGAAGUUUGCAACAGAUGUCCAAACCUGCUCUCUCUGACCCUCUCUGGUUGCGGCCAUGUUACAGACGACUGCAUCUUGCUGCUUCUCAAGAACUGCCCAAACCUCAAGACACUCAAACUGGAAAACUGUGUGCGGAUCACUGACCAGACACUAGAAGCAGUGACCCUCUAUGGGGGAUCACUGCGAACGCUCCACGUGGAUUUCUGCCGGAACGUAACACAAACCGGACUAGAGAGAGUGAGGGAAAAAUGCCCUUCCGUAAUGCUGAGAGCAGAAAGGAGUGCUAACAUGAUUCCAGACAAUAAGCCAGGAAAAAAGCUGAUGCUUGAAAAAGCAUCUAGAAAAUUGGUUCAGCUGUAA